AUGGCCUCUUCAUCAAAUCCAUACGAGCACUAUAACACACCUCAUGUGGAGGACGACGACUUAAUAGAUCCCGAUGAUGCAAAUCUCGACGACCUUGACGACCCCCUUCAACCACUAAAUACCCAAUCCUCGCGCGCACCACUAUCUGGAAACAUAGCCUCGGACACCAGCGCUCCCCUCAAUGAAUCUUAUCUCACCUCCCGUAUCCCCGGAGAGGACCGUCGCGCGCCUACCAACACGAUCGAUGAAUCGGUCUGGGAGACUCUCCGGCGCGACUUGCUAGCCGUGUGGUCGAAGAUGCGGGAAGUCCUGUACCCCAAAUAUCUCUUCGGCGGCUCUAUGCUCGAAGGAACCACAUCAUUGCGAGGCGCAUACGCGAAUAUUAGAGAGGCAGGUAUUCAGGGUGCAAGAGAGGAAUUAGUGGGGUUCGCGGGACGGGCGUUGGAUACGGACAAUAUCCUUUCACAGGGAAGCAUGAGUGAGGGACUACGGGAUUGGGAUCUUUGGGGCCCGCUCGUGUUUUGUUUGUUGUUGAGUUUGUUAUUAAGUUUCAAUGCUGGCAAGGACCAGAAGACUAUGGUAUUUUCUGGGGUCUUUGCUAUGGUUUGGAUUGGAGAGGCUGUGGUUACCAUGCAGAUCAAAUUGCUGGGUGGUAAUAUUUCCUUUGCCCAGAGCGUCUGCAUCAUAGGUUACACCCUUUUCCCACUAGUAAUUGCCGCUCUGCUCUCGGCAUUCCAUCUCCCCACCAUUCCUCGGAUUCCAAUCUACAUCGUUCUUAUCGCCUGGUCACUUGCAGCAGGUGUUAGUAUACUUGGUGGUAGCGGGGUCGUCAAGAACAGAGUCGGUAUUGCGGUGUACCCCCUGUUCGUCUUCUACGUUGGAUUGGGCUGCUUGUGUUUUAUCAGCUAG